UGGCGUAAUGCGCGCAGACUCCUGCGAGUUCCCCUAAGUUCUUAGAGGACCGCUUUGCCUUUUGACUCAGAGUUGCAAAGUUCGAUAAAGAAUGGCCCUUGUGGAUAAGCACAAAGUGAAGCGGCAGCGAUUGGACAGGAUUUGUGAAGGUAUCCGCCCCCAGAUCAUGAACGGCCCCCUGCACCCCCGCCCCUUGGUGGCACUGCUGGACGGCAGAGACUGCACCGUGGAGAUGCCCAUCCUGAAGGACCUGGCCACUGUGGCCUUCUGCGAUGCACAGUCCACUCAGGAGAUCCACGAGAAGGUGUUAAAUGAGGCCGUGGGCGCCAUGAUGUACCACACUAUCACCCUCACCAGGGAAGACCUGGAGAAGUUCAAGGCCCUGCGGGUGAUUGUGCGGAUCGGCAGUGGCUAUGACAACGUGGACAUCAAGGCUGCCGGCGAGCUUGGGAUCGCUGUGUGCAACAUCCCGUCUGCAGCUGUGGAAGAGACGGCCGAUUCCACCAUCUGCCACAUCCUCAACCUAUACCGCCGCAACACGUGGCUGUACCAGGCCCUGCGGGAAGGCACGCGGGUACAGAGUGUGGAACAGAUCCGCGAGGUGGCCUCAGGAGCGGCACGAAUCCGUGGGGAGACACUGGGCCUCAUCGGCUUCGGUCGCACGGGGCAGGCGGUUGCUGUUCGAGCCAAGGCCUUUGGAUUCAGCGUCAUAUUUUAUGACCCCUACUUGCAGGAUGGGAUCGAGCGGUCCCUGGGCGUGCAGAGGGUCUACACCCUACAGGACUUGCUGUAUCAGAGCGACUGUGUCUCCUUGCACUGCAAUCUCAAUGAACAUAACCACCACCUCAUCAAUGAC